ACUUACAAAUAGAAACCAGAGAGGCGAAGAGAAAAAGCUCUUCUGUAGAUCUGCUCUCUUUCAAUGCUUUCUUGUUUCUGAUUUCUUGACUUGGGUUGCACUCAUAUUGAUCCAACUCGUUUCUGUUUAGCUGAAAUCUACGUGGAGAUGGUGCAAUAGGUUCUGCUAUCCCGCGCGUGUUUGCAUUUCGAUUGAAUUUCGUGCAUUUGGUCGAGCGAUUUAAUGCCGGCUUUCGGGCUAUAGUUUCCGGAGCUCCGGUCGCAUCUGGUAUUUCCGGCGGAGAUGUUUAAGUCGGUGAGAUGGAGGGGCGACAAGGACAGGAUCAAAGCUCUCUUCAAGUUGCAGUUCCAUGCUACUCAAGUGACGGAGACAAAAUUGCAAGCAUUGAUUAUAUCAGUGAUUCCUGACGAUGGGGGAAAACUGAUAAGAACAUUAGAAAAGGCGACGGUUCAGGACGGAAACUGUCGGUGGGAGAAUCCAGUUUACGAGACCGUUAAAUUUGUUAGGGAGCCCAGAACUGGGAAGAUCAGUGAAAGAAUCUAUCAUUUUGUAUUAUCAACCGGUUUGGGAAAAGGUUUGGUUGGUGAAGUUUCACUUGAUGUUGCUGCUUAUGCUGAGGCCAUUAAAACUUGCACCGUUUCUCUUCCGUUAAAGAAUUCAAACUCUAAAGCUAUUUUGCAUAUCUCAAUACAGAGGCUGCAUGAAAAUGCUGAUCAAAGAGAGGUGGAAGAAACGGAAGAUGCGAGUUCUAAAUUACAAGAUAGGAGCUUGAUGGCUCACUUGAGCAAUGGUGAUGCUGAUGAAAGCAUCAAGAAGGAUCCGGUUGAAGACACGUCUUUCGGCAAAACCACCCACAAUGUUGACUUGUGUGGGAACCAUAGAGGAUCCGGUGGAUCUGAUAUUACCAUUUCAAGUUCUAAUAGUAGCUCUGGACUCAAUACUCCACGAGAACUUGACAUGAGAAAUGACAGUAUCAAGCAUGAGUGGUCCGCAGGUUCUGAUCAUGGAAUGAGUACUGAUGACUCCAACACUUCUCAGGACACCUUCCCACUGGAAAACUCCCAACAAGGUUCAGAUAAUGAGAUUGAAAGGCUCAAGAGUGAGCUCAUUGUUUUGUCCAGGCAAGUGGAUGUGACAGAUUUGGAAUUACAGACUCUCCGGAAGCAAAUAGUAAAGGAGAGCAAAAGGGGGCAGGAUCUCUCACGUGAAGUUGUUAAUUUGAAAGAAGAAAGGGAUGCACUCAAAUUAGAGUGUGAAAAACUGAAGGCCUCUCGGAAGGAAAAGGACGAUGCUAGUGUAAAAGGCAGGCUUGAGAGUGGGGAUCCCUGGGUUCUGGUCCAUGAAAUCAGAGAAGAGCUGAAAUAUGAGAAGGACCUGAACUCUAAUCUUCGGUUACAACUGCAGAAGACUCGGGAAUCAAACGCUGAGUUACUCCUUGCUGUGCAAGAUCUAGAAGAAAUGUUCGGUGCAAAGAACAUGGAGAUACCCCACCCUCCCAAAAAAUCAGGGUCCCAUGGCAAUGCAAAAGAAUUGAGAGAAACCAUCUCAAGAAGUGACACGUACGAGGAUGAAGAUCAGAGGGCAUUGGAACAUCUUGUUCAUGAACACGGAGGCACCAAGGAAACUUCUCUCCUGGAACAAAAGCUCAUGAACCUCUGUAGUGAGUUGGAGAUCUGCAAUAGAGAUAAAGAUGAGCUCGAGGCACAAAUGGAGCAGCUGGCACUUGACUAUGAGAUACUGAAGCAGGAAAAUCAUGACAUCUCAUACAAAUUAGAGCAAACCCGGCUGCGAGAACAACUGAAGAUACAGUAUGAGUGCCCGUCUUCUUCUGCCAGCUUAAAUGAACUUGAGAACCAAAUUGAGUGUCUGCAAAGCGAGCUCAGUAAGCAAUCAAAAGAAUUAUGUGACUCUUUGGCCACCAUAAAUCAACUAGAAACCCAUGUUAGAAGCUUGAAGGAAGAGUUAGAAAAACAGGCACAAAUAUUUGAAAGGGAUCUUGAAUCUAUCACACAAAGCAAAGUUGAGCAGGAGCAAAGAGCUAUUAGAGCUGAGGAAGCCUUGCGAACAACAAGAUUGAAGAAUGCAAAAACAGCUGAAAGGCUACAGGAGGAAUUUCAAAGGCUCUCCAUGCAGAUGGCCUCAACAUUUGAUGCAAAAGAGAAGGUAGCUACAAGUGCUCUAGCCGAAGCUAGUGCACUACACUUGCAGAAAUAUCAGCUUCAAGAAAUGCUCAAGAAAGCCAAUGAAGAGCUUGAAUCAGUUAGGGAGGAUUAUGAAGGGAAACUCUUUAACCUCUCUGAUCUCAUAAAGUUAAAAUCAAAUCAGAUAGCACAGAUGUUGGAGGAAAUUGAUGAUAAAUCUAAGCAGCUUGAAGAUCAAAAGAAGCUUGAGGGAGAAGUUAGUCAGGCUUUUUCAGAGGAGAUCUGCACCCUGAAAGCUGAGAUUAACAAGCUGACAACUGAAAAGAACCACCUGUAUGAACAAGCUGAACAGGCAGAAAGCUUGAGACUUGAGUUGGAACAUACAAAAACACUUGUCAAAGAUACUGAAGUGCAGAUGCAAAGAGGAAAUUUAGAAAGAAAUAAUCUGGUGAGUGCAAUUGCUUUGAUGAAAAAGGAAGCAACUGAGUCGCAGGAGAAAUUGCAACGAAUGAGGCAUUUGAAGGAUGAGAAAGAAGCGGCAAUUGAAUCCUUACAGUCAGAGCUGGACACCCUCAAAGGUCAAUGCGAUAAAUUGAAACAUUCACUGUUGGAGGGUGACAUAGAGAAAGAAGAACUCAGGAAGCAAGUAGUUCAAUUGAAGACUGACCUUAAGAAGAAGGAAGAUGCAUUUACUUGCAUGGAAAAGAAGUUGAAAGGGAGCAAUGGAAGAGGAGUCGUUUCUGAUGGAACAAGAACACCAAUAAGAAACAAUAAAUCUGCCACUGUUCCUUGCAGUCCUAAAGAGGUUGCAAGCCUGAGGGAGACAAUAAAGUUGCUUGAGGGACAAAUAAAGUUAAAGGAAGCUGCUUUGGAAACAUCCACAAAUGUCCUAUUGGAAAAGGAAAAGGAUCUCCAGAACAAAAUUGAUGAGUUAGAAAACAGAGUAGAAGAACUCAAUGAGCAGAGCAGUGGUUUCUGCAAUUACCAACUUCAAACGGUAUUUAAUGAUACUAUGCAGGUUACAUUUGAGACAGCAUGCAUAUCGAAAGAAAAUGGAAAUGCAGUGCCUUUUGUGAAAGGAACUAAUGACAACUUGUUAGUGAAAGAACGGGUAGCCUCUGUUGUCGAUAAGGACGAUAAUCAGGAUGAAUGGAGAGAUGAGCUAACAUCAUUAAAGGAAAGAAACAAAUCUAUGGAAAAUAAAUUGAAGGAUAUGCAAGAAAGAUAUUCCGAGAUAAGCCUCAAAUUCGCUGAGGUAGAAGGCGAACGACAAAAGCUUGUGAUGACUGUGCGGAACCUCGUGAAUGCCCGGAAGAGCUGAAGGUAAUGAAUUUUUCUAUAUAUACAUGAACAAAAUGUAUAGUUGAAGUAGCGGCUGGUGAUUCCAUUGGGAAAAUUUAGGUGUCGAGGUUCAUUUUUAGAGUGAAUAAAAUUGUACAAAAUUUUCUAUGGCUUUCGGAUUUAAAGGUGAGUGAGAGUGACGGGUGUGAGCAAGUCUAACAUAGAUAUAUUCAUUUUUUUAUUUUAUAUAAGUUUUACAUGUAUCUGAGAGAAACAUGAAACAAAGAGCCUGAGAAACAUACAGUCUCAUCUCUCAUGUAAUGGUUUUCUAAUGUAGGUUAGUGUCUAUUAUUAUCA